AUGGGCCGCACUGCUCGACAGAACAAGCGAAUGAAGAAGGCCCAGGCUGCCCAAUCUCAGAUGAUGAUGAAUCCUAUGAUGAAUCCUAUGAUGGCCAUGAACCCUUUCAUGAACCCAAUGAUGGCUGCUGCCAUGGGUGCCCCCAUGGGCUCCAAUGUGGAGUCCAGUUCAGAGUCAGAUGAUGACAGGGAGCGUGAGCACCAUGGCCGCCGUGAUUCAUCAUCAGCAGCUGCCAAAGCUUCGCAACCGGUGCCUGCUCAGUCAACCCAGCAGGCGCAGAUGGUGGCUACUACUGAGGAGCUAGCGUCUGAGCAGUCUGCUCUGGGCGAUGUCUUCAGCCAGGCAGUCAAUCGAGCUAUGCGUGGAUUGGACCAGCACAGGGCUGACCUUUACAAUGGCGACAGAGAAAACAUGAACAUCACCAGGAGGACUGCUGUGAUCAGGGGCUUGCCCAAGGUGCGUCUCGCUGACGCUGUAGAGGCAGUGGAUGGGCAGUUGGACCCUACAGCUACAAGCGACUUGACUCAGGAGUCGCUUUCCAAAUUACUUUGGAUCCUGACACGUCAGAAGCCAUGCACAUCAAUAGCGAGACUGAAAGUCCGCAACUACGCAGACUUCAACACACGUCUUCGACGAGUCCAUGAGCGAAUCAGCGGAAACAACCCCAGAAUGCAACAGGUGGUUGCUCUUAUUCGUCAAGAACCUGUAUUGCAGAAUGAGUGGGUAUCUGCGUUGGCUGCUGAAGAAGGAUUCGAUGAUGAAUGGAUGUCUUUGGAUCAUCCUGCUGUUCCCAAACGUAGUGGCAAAGCUGCUUCGAGGGUGCACCCUGAAAACCAGCAGACUUUGCCCAAGAUGAUGGCUACUGCAGUGGUAUCCAAAGCAGCUGCUGCCACAUCAGCGCCUGUGGUGGUGCCUGCAGAUGCCAGUCGUUCAACAUUAGCAGUGCCUGUGGUCAUGGGACUGCCUCCUGUUCCCAAAGCCAAGGCAAGCCCUGUCCGUGUUCCUGGUGCACAUGCUCCUGCCAAAGCAGCUCCAGUUGCAAGCAAAGCAGCAGGUCCUGUGCAUGUUCCUGAAGUUCCAGCUGCAACUGAAGCUGCUACCCGCCCUGUUGUCCUUGCUGCUUCUCUACCUGCUGUGCCGCCGCCGCCUGUGACAAGCCCUGCCGCUGCAGUCGCAGAGGAUGUCGUGAUGGCAGAGUUCGAGGCUGAUAUUGAGGCUGAGCUGGAGGCCCAGAGUUCUGUUGGUCAGCAAGAACAUGAAGCAAGUGCUGACAUUCAGGAAGGACCUGGGCCUGAACCUGAAGCUGAUCAAGAGGUAGUUCCUCCUGAAUCAGCUGCGACUGCAGUGGAUGUUCCUGGUGAUGGCGCCUUGCAGCAACAGUCCGACUUGAGUGAUACGAAGUGUUGCAUCUGCCAGCAGCCUUUGCGUGGUGGUGGGCUUCCUGCUCAAGUGCUGGAGGCAACUGAAUGUGGUCAUGUGCAUCACAAGGUCUGCUUGGAGAACUGGUGGAACUUUCAGAACUGCCGUGGACUUUGCCCAUACAAGUGCCAACGCAGUACUUCCAUCCAGUUCCAGGGAAAUGCUGUUCCUGCAUCAGCUGCUGGAGCAUCGGCCCCGUCGGCUGCUGGACAUGCCAUUGAGGGUGAUGAGGCAUUGGAUGCUGAGUUGGCAGACGCUGGCGCGGCAGAGUCUGAUGGUGUGCAGCCCAUGGUUUUGUAG